AUGUGCCCACCGCGCCGCGCACGUCUUCGGCUCGCACACACUCUUCCACCUGCACUGCGACGAGUGCGACGCCUAUAUAGACAAGCCAGAGUACAUAUCCCACAAGAGCACGCGUAUGAAAAAGCCAUGCAGAAGGAGAAACAGGCGGAGAAAAUCAUCCAGAAAGCUCUGGACGUCAACCUCGCCUGGAUAGUCAGAAAUGAGUUCUGCAAACAAAGAGCUAUAGAAGAUCAGCGCCAGGCUUUAGCUGAACCUGUCGCUCUGACCAGUGAGGCCCAGAGUGGCUCACCACACCGACGAAAUGACACAACUCGAAAUAGCAGUCUCGAUAUCUAUCUGCUUGGACCGUCUACUAGUAAGGAUAUUGUCCCUGUGAAAAUUGAAAAUAUUGAAGAUGAAUAUAACGAAAAUGAGCCGGAGAACAUGGAGGGUUCUGAAUUC